CGCUGCCCGGCGCACUAGCCGGCUCGCGGGCGCUGCCAGUCUCCGGCGGCGGCGGUGUCCGGCGCGCGGCUGAGCGACAGGGCGACUGAGGUUUUCUACUCAUAAAAGACAAUGACUACUGAUGAAGGCAGCAGUGACAAUGGAGAAAACCCGGCCAUCGCCGUGGCUGAACAGGGAGAAGACAUCACUGCCAGAAAAGAUAGAGGAGUGCUAAAGAUUGUCAAAAGAGUGGGAACUAGUGAGGAAGCCCCAAUGAUUGGUGACAAAGUUUAUGUCCACUACAAAGGAAAAUUGUCCAAUGGAAAGAAGUUUGAUUCCACUUAUGAUAGAAACGAGCCGUUUGUUUUUAACCUUGGCAAAGGCCAGGUUAUCAAGGCCUGGGACAUUGGGGUGGCUACCAUGAAGAAAGGAGAGAUCUGCCAGAUACUGUGUAAACCAGAAUAUGCUUAUGGCUCUGCUGGCAGCCUCCCGAAAAUUCCCUCGAACGCAUCUCUCUUUUUUGAGAUUGAACUCCUUGAUUUCAAAGGCGAGGACUUAUUUGAAGACUCGGGCAUCAUCCGUAGAAUCAAGCGGAAAGGAGAAGGCUACUCCAACCCGAAUGAAGGGGCGACGGUGGAGGUCCACCUGGAAGGCUGCUGUGGUGGAAGGCUGUUUGAUUGCAGAGAUGUGGUGUUCGUUGUUGGUGAAGGAGAAGACCACGACAUUCCAAUUGGAAUUGACAAAGCCCUGGAGAAAAUGCAGAGGGAAGAGCAGUGUGUUUUGUAUCUUGGACCACGAUACGGUUUUGGAGAGGCAGGGAAGCCUAAAUUUGGCAUUGAACCCAAUGCUGAACUGAUGUAUGAAGUUACCCUUAAGAGCUUUGAAAAGGCCAAAGAAUCCUGGGAGAUGGACACCAAAGAAAAACUGGAGCAGGCUGCCAUUGUCAAAGAGAAGGGGACUGUGUACUUCAAGGGAGGCAAGUACAUGCAGGCUGUGAUUCAGUACGGGAAGAUAGUGUCCUGGCUGGAGAUGGAGUACGGCCUGUCCGAGAAGGAGUCAAAAACCUCUGAAUCGUUCCUGCUUGCAGCCUUCCUCAACCUGGCCAUGUGCUACCUGAAGCUCAGAGAGUACAACAAAGCCGUGGAGUGCUGCGACAAGGCCCUCGGACUGGACAGUGCCAAUGAGAAAGGCUUGUACCGAAGGGGUGAAGCCCAGCUGCUCAUGAAUGAGUUUGAGUCGGCCAGAGGUGACUUUGAGAAGGUACUGGAGGUCAACCCUCAGAAUAAGGCCGCAAGACUGCAGAUCUCCGUGUGCCAGAAGAAGGCCAAGGAGCACAAUGAGCGGGACCGCAAGGUGUACGCCAACAUGUUCAAGAAGUUUGCAGAGCAGGACGCCAAGGAAGCAGCCAGCAAAGUGGUGAGCAAGAAGCCUGUAGAAGGAGCGGCCGGGAAAAGAUCCGAGAGUCGGGCCAUGGAAGGAGGAAAGGCCGAAGGCCAUGUAUGACGCCGCGCCAAGGAGGGAAGAGAGUCCUCAUGAACUCGGCCCUCCUUGCUGGGCUCACACCCAACUCAGGACUGCACAGUGUUUAGUGUAAGGUUUGUUACAGUCUCUGUGAUUCUGGAAGCAAAUGGCAAAACCAGUAGCUUCCCCAAAUAACACCCUGCUGCUGCCCGGGGGUGGGGGUGGGGGACAUGCCAGGGAACAGAACAGAAAGGGCCGUUGGUGUGGAGAGACCAAGCCAGCAGCUCAAGUCCAGCUCAUUUCAGUUUGUCACCUUUGGGUGUCCAACAGUGUCCCUUGAGAUGAUCCCAGUGCCCGGCUGCUGUGAGAUUCUCCACCAGCACUUCAGUAGCAUUGCAGGAGCCUUGGAAAGCUAACUCAGAGCAUCCCUGCUUUCCUCCUGGGAGGCAAGGCAGGGGAUGGAAGGGGAGGUUUUCCCCGGGUCCACAGCAGAAAACAGCGGCCACUUCCUGCCUGUCCAGUGGCUUCCCAGUUCCCGUCUCAGACUCUUGUGAAUAUGGCUUUCUGUCAUACCCAGCUUGUCCCACAGAGUCUGUCAUUACUCCAACCCCUCAUGAGUGGUGGCAGGCAGGAGUUUUGGGGUUCGCUUUCCCUAAUUAGAAUGAACUUUGGAGGUGUGGAGAACAGUUGGAGUGGCCUUGUUUUCACUGUCCUCCCUGUCAAGAAUGACGUUAGCACUUAGUGUGUCAUGUCCCGACUGCUGCCCAGCCUCCUGUUUCCAUUCUCUGCCCCACCGUGAAGAACCCGAGGCUUGCCCUUGUCCUAGACCUGGAGUGGACUGAUGUCCAAAUCCCACUAAGACUGAUGCAGUUACUCUUUUUUUUUUAAUUGCUUGUAAGCUUAUAUACUGCUUUACGGAAGAAACUUCACACUCCUCUAUCAUGCAAAAAUACUUUUUCACUUUUUACUUUUUAGCUUGGGUUUUGAACGGCGAAAGCUGUGAGGUUUGAAAGCGGGCGGUUCUCUUAGGUGAUGGUACCUGGGGGCUGGCAGCUGCUCUCCCGUGUGCCUCUUGGUUCUGGCGUGGGCUGUGAAGGUUGCUGGCUUCCCAUGCAGGUACAUCAAGCCAAAAUCUCCAGUCCUUAGGUAUUGAUUGGAUCAGGACAAGAUUUAAAUAGUCGUGUAGUUGGGGUUCAGUCCUAUGGGUAAUGUAUGGAAUUGAGCACAGCUUGCUUCUCCAUGGCCUAUGGAACCCCCAAGGGGAUACACCCAGCAGCCCAGAGCCGUUCACCUAAGCCUGGAAACCUCCCUUUCCUAGCCCUAGGAACACUGACAGUUGCAUUUAGAUGGGUUUUUAUUUUUUUAUGAUGGUUUUAAUAAAACAGUCUCAUUGUUAAAUUAGGACCUUAAAACCUACAAAUCAAGUUGUUUUCCCACUGUUCCCAUUUUAUUCUACAUGCAACAGAUGGAAUUAA